GUCACCACGCCGGGUGGGCAUCGCAAAGUUAAAGCAGACUCAGAGUUCAAACUCGCUGUCGGUGAAAGCUGCAGGCUUCAUUUGUCCCCCCAAAUUCUCAACUCAGAGUCAGAGGUCAGAGAGGAAACGUGAUACCCAACACAGAGCACUCAGAGAGCUCACACCUCCACCGGUAGCUUGCUGACGUGUUCUCACACGGAACGAGUGACAUGUGUGCAUACACGCCCUGCAGUACACGCAGGUGAUUCAGGAACCUGUUUCUCCGUUCCAGCACACCGAGUGUGAAUUUGAACAUUUGAUAAGAAAUCAGAGAAAUGGAAAGACAGACACAUACCUGACUGUCCAGCUUUUCCACUCACUGCAUGUCACACGGGUAAUAUGAUCUGUGUAUCUGAGCACGCUCAGACUUACUCACAUGGCUUGUGUCCAGCCUGUCUUCCCUGGUCUCGCGUCCCCAUUAACCUUAAACUGUCCUGCAGAGGCCCAAGCUCUGUGCAAGUGACACACCAACCAGCACACCGAGGAUCCCGUGUGCCGGCACAGCACGCGUGCUGCUGGUGUGUCGGGUCAUACAUACACUGCUUCUUUGUGCUGACGUCUGAGUGCGUUUCAGAGGAAUGUGGUUACGCUGAAAGACACGAUUGAGAGUUUUUUUCCACUAAAAUACUGGAGAACAUUCAGCCCUUCAAGGCUCAAACUGAAAACUGAACCUCACAAAGUUAUUCUGAAAGGAUGUGCGUUGGUCAGUCGAUGCCGAGUGGUAGUUUAAAGGUGCGUGUGGCUGCUCAUCAAGUGUGUUAUGAGGCUUUUGGUUGGAUGCAUGAGCCAAAAACUGCCCAGUAAACGGAAAACUGGAGAAAUAUUAAUUUUCCUGGUCCUGAAGAAGAUCAGCGAGUGUUUGCAGAGUUUUGUUGAGACACAGAAAGAAGUUGAACACUGGAAGCCAUAUAAUCCCCAAGAUGUAAUUGGACGCAAGCUUAUGUCCACACAUGACCAUUUAAAACCAUCCCUGUAAUCUUUUCUCUGCUCUCAGACAUCUGCAGCACAGACGGAUUAGCCGGAGACAGCAGGAGGACUUUCACAGUAAUCAUGGUGGAUGCAGCAGCAGCAGAGCAGUUCCUCGACGCCAACCCGCAGUUCGCCAAGCAGUACUUCGACAUGAACUUCCGGCCUAAGAUCAUCUCGGACUUGCUGGAUCCCAACCGCAAGACGGCAGUGAACAUUAGCACGUUCCAUGAGCUGACGAUGGUGGACGAGAGCGAGAUCCUCAUCGACCUGGUGCGCGACAUCCAGGAUAACCUGAACAUGGAGAAGUCCGUUUUCAGGCUGAUGAAGCACCUCAGCUUCAUGCUGCGGGCGGAUCGCAUGAGUCUCUUCAUGUACCGGCAGAGGAACGGCGUCGCUGAGCUUGCCACCAGGUUGUUCAACGUUCAUAAAGACGCCAUUUUUGAUGAGUGCCUCGUGCAACCCGACAGUGAAAUCGUGUACCCGCUGGAUAUGGGCAUCGUGGGCCACGUGGCCACCAGCAAGAAGAUGGUCAACAUUCCUGACGUGUCACAGAGCACACACUUCAGCAGCUUUGUGGAUGAGCUGACCGAGUACGUGACGAAGAAUGUCCUCGCCGUCCCGAUCAUGAACGGUAAAGACAUGGUGGCUGUCAUGAUGGCUGUUAACAAGCUGGAUGGGGCGUGCUUCACUGCCAAGGAUGAAGAGACCCUGAACAAAUAUCUGAACUUUGCUAACCUGGCACUGAGAGUUUUCCACCUGAGCUACCUACACAACUGUGAGACCCGGAGAGGACAGGUGUUGCUGUGGUCAGCCAGCAAGGUGUUUGAGGAGAUGACAGACAUCGAGAGGCAGUUCCACAAAGCCUUGUACACAGUCCGAGCUUUCCUCAACUGUGACCGCUACUCUGUUGGUUUGCUGGACAUGACCAAGACAAAGGAGUUCUUUGACUUGUGGCCCGUUUUGAUGGGAGAGGUUCCUCCUUAUGAUGGACCCAAAACUCCUGAUGGCAGGGAAAUCAUCUUCUACAAAGUGAUUGACUACAUCCUCCAUGGCAAAGAGGACAUCAAAGUCAUACCGAGUCCUCCAGCAGAUCACUGGGCUCUGGUCAGCGGUUUACCCACCUAUGUAGCAGAAACUGGGCUGAUUUGUAACAUAAUGAACGCAGCUGAGGACGAGUUUUUCAGCUUUCAGACGGAGCCGCUGGAUGACUCUGGUUGGACCGUUAAGAACGUCCUGUCCAUGCCCAUCGUCAACAAGAAGGAAGAGAUUGUGGGUGUGGCCACGUUCUAUAACAGGAAGGAUGGGAAACCUUUUGAUGAGAUGGAUGAAACCCUGAUGGAGUCUCUGACUCAGUUCCUGGGCUGGUCGGUGCUCAACACCGACACCUACGAUAAGAUGAACAAACUGGAGAACAGGAAGGACAUCUACCAGGACAUGGUGCUCUACCACGUCAAGUGUCGCAAAGAUGAAAUCCAAAACAUCCUGAACACCAGAGAGAGGUGGGGGAAGGAACCGGACGAGUGCGAGGAGGAGGAGCUUCAGGAGAUCCUGUCCGAGGUGCUGCCGAACUCAAAGAAAGCCGAGAUCUUUGAGUUUCACUUCUGUGACUUUGAACACAGCGAACUGGACCUGGUGAAGUGUGGCAUCAAGAUGUACUACGAACUCAAAGUGGUGGACAAGUUUCACAUUCCCAGAGAGGUCCUGGUGAGGUUCAUGUACUCCCUGAGUAAAGGCUACAGGAAGAUCACCUACCACAACUGGAGGCACGGAUUCAACGUUGGACAGACCAUGUUCACCCUGCUUAUGACAGGUGAUCUGAAGCGUUACUACACUGACCUGGAGUGCAUGGCCAUGGUAACCGCCGGCUUCUGUCACGAUAUCGACCACAGAGGAACCAACAACCUCUACCAGAUGAAGUCUGGUAAUCCUCUGGCGAAGCUUCACGGCUCCUCCAUCUUGGAAAGACACCAUCUGGAGUUUGGAAAGACUUUGCUGAGAGAUGAGGCGCUGAACAUUUAUCAGAAUCUGAACCGCCGUCAGCACGACCUCGUCAUCCACCUUAUGGACAUCGCCAUCAUUGCCACUGAUCUGGCUCUGUACUUCAAGAAGAGGACCAUGUUCCAGAAGAUUGUGGACCAGUCCAAGACCUACGAGAACUGGAACGACUGGACCAAAUACAUGAUGCUGGAGACUACACGCAAAGAGAUCGUCAUGGCGAUGAUGAUGACAGCCUGUGACCUGUCUGCCAUUGCCAAACCGUGGGAGAUCCAGAGUAAGGUGGCGCUGUCUGUCGCUGCAGAGUUCUGGGAGCAGGGAGACUUGGAGAGGACGGUCCUCGAACAGCAGCCUAUCCCCAUGAUGGACAGGAACAAAGCGGACGAACUUCCAAAGCUGCAGUGUGGCUUCAUCGACUUUGUCUGCGCCUUUGUGUACAAGGAGUUCAGUCGCUUCCACGUGGAGAUCACCCCGAUGCUGGAGCGGCUGAUGAACAACAGGAAGGAGUGGAACGCCCUGAAGGAGGAGCAUGAUGCCAAGGUCGCUGCCAUCGAAGCGGCUAAGAAAGCCAAGGAGGAGGAGGCUGAGAAAGCUGCGGCAGCCAGACAAGCGAGCGCGGCCCAGUCGCAGUCAAAGACGUGCAUUCUCAGCUAGAGUGGCUCGUGGCACGCCGCUGGGCUGGCUCGACAUGCUGCACCUGAGGAACCCGCUUUGCUGGGAGGUCGUUUCCUGCUUUGGACACUUGUUUCUUGCAGCUGCCGCUCCAUAAAAGUCCUCGGUCUGUUGUAAAUGUGUCUCAUUCGCUCUUCUGUGCUUCAUGUUGCAUUCAUUUGUUUGUGGGAAUCACAGUUUUUUACAUUUACCAUCAGUUUAGUGCCGGAUCACAGUGCACGGCCCUUAAGCUGAGCCCAACAUCAUUGGUUGCUCUUGAAGACUGCAAUAACAAUAUUUCCAGCCUGUGAAUCAAAUGUCAGAAACCAUUUCUGUAUUAUUUUGCUUUGACAUAUGUGUCCCAGGUCGUGUGCACGCUGUCAUAGAGUCAUAGUAAGAACUCUGUGAUUCGUUAGAAGGCUGUAAAAUAGAAGCUGCUGCCUUUUCUUUGCAUCAUUUCCUGUAGCUGACGCAGUGAUUUGAGCCUCGUCCCUUUCCGUCACAUUCAUGUUCAGGAUGUAACAUGCAUCGCUUCUGUGUCUGCGCACUGACUGCUCACACACACACACACACACUGACGCUCACUUUGUAAUGAAGAAAAGAGAAACAGCUUGUGAGUCCCUUUGCAGACAUUAGUAAAGAUUUCUGACUAUUUCCCUA